CUUCUUCAACCUCAGAAAAAGAAAGAUAUUAUCUAGUCUAGAUCCAUCCAAUGUCAAAGGAGACGAAACCCGGGGUGCUGUGUUGUAUAGGGGACAUCCAUGGAUACUUCACCAAGCUUCAGAACCUAUGGCGAAACCUUGAAUCCGCCAUCGGAGCCUCUGACUUCGCCUCCGCAACUGUCAUCUUCUUGGGAGAUUACUGCGAUAGGGGGCCCAAUUCACGAGAAGUCAUUCAGUUCUUAGUCUCACUGCCUUUCAGGUAUCCAGAUCAAAAACAUGUGUUUCUAGCAGGAAAUCACGAGUUCGGAUUGGCAGGGUUCUUGGGGCUGGUGGAAGCUCCGUCGGACGGAUCGGGGUUCGAGACGACAUGGAAGGGGUUCGAGGAGAGAGAGGAAGAAGAAGGAUGGUACAAGGGGGAGGGGUAUGAGAAGAUGCAUUUGCAAGCAAGGAUGUGGGGUGGGACUACAAGGGAGAGAUUUGAUGCAUAUGGAAUUGAGUUUAUGGGCUCAGUUUAUGAUGCUGCACCAACAUUUGAGUCCUAUGGUGUUCCUCAUGGAUCUUAUGAUUUGAUGAAUGCAGUACCUGAUGAACACAAGAAGUUCCUUUCCAAUCUGGUUUGGGUUCAUGAAGAAGAUGAUGUGUGUUUGGAGACAAAAGAUGGGAUAAAAACGUACAGAUUGAUAGCAGUUCAUGCAGGUUUAGAGGAAGGGAAAGAUAUCGAAGAGCAACUCAAGUUUUUGAAAGCCAAAGAAACCAAAUUCCCCAAAAUAAUGGGCCUCAGUGGGAGGAAGAAUGUUUGGAAUAUCCCAAAGGAACUAAGUGAGAAUAAUAAUGAUGAAAAGGGAACCAUACUUGUAAGUGGACACCAUGGAAGACUUCAUAUGGAUGGGUUAAGAUUCAUCAUUGACGAAGGUGGCAGUGCCCCUGAAGUCAAUCCCUUAGCUGCAAUAAUUCUACUUCCUUCCAUCAAAAUUGUCCGUGACACAGACCUCCUUUAAACUCUCUAUCUUAUCUUUUCAAUAAUCACAGUUGUAUUCAACUAACAAUUUAGUUUCUUUUCCCUGUACUGUAUUAAAAAAUGAAACUAUAAUAAUAAUAAUUUAAGAAUGAAUUGAGGGCCAAGUAGUAGAGGCAGAGGAGAUUUCGGUGGGCAUGCAGUUGGUGUAUAAUAGUUAUUUUCUAUGUGCACCAUAGUUUCCGUGUUGUAUGCGAAGUCGGCCCCGUUGGCGGACUCAAUCACGCCCCUAAUUGUGCAACUUUCAAACCUUCUCAAUACAUAUAUAUAUAUAUAUAUAUAUGAUAUGCAUUCUCACA